CUUGCCGCCAUCAACGGCGUCCCGUUCCACGGACUCCGAUGGAACAAGUCGAUCGAGCUUCUCGAAACGACACCACGACCGUAUGCGCUCACCUUUCUGCAUUCGCUUUCCUCGCCGCUGUUUGCGCCAGCGAAGCGCGAGCCGCCUUCGUACGUAGCUGUCGUUGAGCGCGGCGUGCAGUUUGCCGACGCAGCCAUGUACGGUAUUAACGGCGCUGUUGUCCACCACCUCGCAUGCGAGGCCAAGGCCGGCGGGAUCCUCGCAACCGGCGAUGUCCUCUACAAGGUGGGCGAGACCAAUGUGCUCUUCCGGCCGUAUUCAGUGGUCAUGGGCAUCGUUGCCAAGGCUGCCCAACCGUGCGUGCUGCAACUUAUCCCUCACGCCUUGGUCGCCGACGUAGUACGCUCGACGCUGCUGGCGAGAGCACCUGUGCGACUGGCCAAUUUGAACAGCAGCGUGGCGCCCGAGGUGGUUUCCAACCCAGCUUUGGACCACGCCUUGACUCGCAAGAUUCAUGGCUCACUCAGGGAAGGCCAGCUCUAUCGCCAAGGGGUCCUCUUCAAGUUUUGGCACGCGCGCUACUUUGUUUUGACACCGACGGCGCUCCUGUACUAUGCCAGUCCACGGUCGCCGGCGCCGCGCCGGGAGCUCACGUUUGCUGGUCGUCGCUGCAGCGUCCAGAGCCUGCGCGCAACGAAGAAAUUUGGCUCCGUGGCUGUCGUGCACCUCUUGCGCGUCUGCGUCGACCACAAGCACAUCGUGCUCGCGUGUGCCACUGAGAGUGACAAGACAGCGUGGCUGACGGCCCUCCAGCAGGCGAUGACGCAAUCGCUCCCGUCGGCGCCGUCGCACGUGAUGGCGGCCGCGUAGACAGCGCUGCAGCAGUGCCAUCCUCGACCUGUUUUUGCCCACGCUCCAAUUCACACUUCCAUCGCUGCCCACACAGUCGCUUCGCAGGCGCCGCUUGUCGUUCCCAGAGAAAAUGCAACAGAGUAUCGCGGUUAGGGUAGUUACAUUCAAGCUUACAAAUGACGAGCAUUAAUCGUAUACCAUCCAUCAAGCACACUCUUUCGACGUGCUUCGAUCGACCGC